AUGUUGAAAAUUGAAUUGGCUGCAGAAUCAGAUAUGAGAAAGAAGGUUGAUGGUUUUACCAUGUUUAGUAAUGGGAAAGCUGAGGAUAUGAAGGAAGCAAAUAUAGGGAAAAGGAACCUGCAAUCUUUAAAAUCUGAGCUGAAGUAUGAUUUGCGAAAGAGUUUGGCAUGGGAUAGUGCCUUUUCCACAAGUUCUGGUAUAAUUUGUAUUCAUAUGGAAAUAAAUUCAAAUGAUUUUAUUCAGUCUUCUACAUAUUCACCACCUCAUUCAUUCUCAGGAAUUCUAGAAGUGGAGGAGUUGUUCAAUACUUCAAGUUCAUUGAACACUGAGAAUAGUAGUGACAUGUUGAAACAUGAGCAGUAUCAGCAUUUGUAUUUCAACAAUCGGAAACCUGAAAUUAAAACUGUAACUGAUGGGUUCAAUUUAAGAAAAAGUUUAGCUUGGGACAGUGCCUUUUCCACAAGUGAAGGAAUUUUGAAUCCCGAAGAGUUAUCUCUUUUAGACAAAGGGUUUAAGAAAUCCGGAAUGGGUAUGCUUCCUCAAAUAGAAGAACUAAGGAUCUCAUCUGAGUCAAAUCGUACCAUUGAUAGUGAUGGUUCAUCAUUAGCAAGCAUAGAGAUUUCAGUGCGUCAGUCAAGGGAAGCAUCAAACUCGGUUGCUUCAUGUUGCAGAAACAUCGAAAAAGCAGCUAAAAGGAUAGAUAAGGAUUGUGUCCCCAAAUUGAAGGUAAAAUCCAGGCCAACUUCCACAAUGCAGACUACAAAUGGCAAUCAACCAGAGAGGACCACUAAAGAAUCAUCUGUUCCACCACCAUGGAAGUUUUCUUCUGCAAGUGGAAGAUGUGAUCUCUCAUCACAUCUAAAGCCACCAAAGAUACAAAGUCGAGCUAAGACCCCAAUAGCUCCCACCAAAAGAAUUCCUCUGUUUUCAAAUGAAGUCAAUGGGGGAAGCAAAACUGUUGAAAAGAACUUUUGUUUCAUAUCACCUUCAGUAUCCAUUGAUGGGUUCUCUCCAGCAACAUCAGUGGCUGAAACAAUUGGUUCUCAUGAUGGUAAAGGAAUCAAUUCUCUUUCAUUUGAUGCUUCGAGAACUGUGAAGCCUUCUGGUCUCCGAAUGCCAUCACCCAAGAUUGGAUUUUUUGAUGUGGAUAAUUUGCUGGUGUCAAUAAAGAACAGAGACAAGAAGUCACAUUCAAAGGGUGUCUCAAAGAUUCAAAGUGGACAGAAGUCGGAAGUAAGAAAUACAAGGACUUGUACUUGGAAAACUAGAAACUCCAAUAACUCAAGAACCAUUAAGUUUGGUCCUGGUGCAGUUUCAAAAGCCGGUGAGGGCAAGGAUUAUUUGAGAAAUGAUGAGAAAAAGGUCCAUUUGAGGGCACAUGAACAUGGAUUUGAGAGGAAAAUUUGUGAGAAUAAAAUAUUGAAAGAAAGAGAAGAACAAUCUUGUCUAAAGGGCAAGAGACUAUUGCCGAAAGAACAGACCAGAGCAAACAAUAUCUACACAGGAAAUGAUGGAUAUAAGCUUCACCAAAGACAGAAGGAAAAUUUGAUUGGUUUUGAAGACCAAGCAAGUGCUAGAACGAGUUAG